AUGAAGGACGAGCCCAUGUGGAAGACGGUUGCACUCGUCGUAGGAGGCGCCGGCCUGGCAGUCGCCGCCACGCCGCUGGUCCUCGCGGGCCUCGGCUUCACCGCGGGCGGCGUCGCAGCCGGUUCGCUCGCAGCCGCCACACAGUCCGCAUUCUACGGCGGCGCCACUACCGGUGCCUUCUCUGCACUCCAAAGCGCCGGCGUCCUCGGAGUCGGCGCCCUCGGCACCACAGUAGCCGCAGCCACCGGGGCCACCGCAGGCAAGCUCACGCACGCGCACGCAAAGUGA